AUGAAGGCAGCACCAGAAGAUCGAAUUUCAUGUGAUAUGAGGUCAAACUUCAACGUGAUGUCUACUAAUUGUUUAAUUUUCACAUCGGGUACAACAGGAAUAACAAUAGUUCUGUCAGAAAGAUUUUUUGCCAGCAGGUUUUUCCAGGAAUGCCGUCAGCACAAUGUCACCAUAAUUCAGUACAUAGGAGAAAUGUGCCACUACUUAGUCAAUAACCCCAAAAGUACAAUUGAUACAGAAAACUCAAUAACGGCUGCCAUUGGAAAUGGACUGAGAAAAGAUAUAUGGAGUGAAUUCCAAAACCGUUUUAAGAUAGAAGAUAUUAUUGAGAUUUAUGGUGCUACUGAACUUUCAUUUGGAUUUGGUAAUUUUUACAAUGCAGAUGGGGGAUAUAAAAACAAAGAAGAAGCAAAUAUAAAGAGAUUCUUAUAUAAUGUAUUUAAAGAUGGGGAUAAAUUCAUCAAUUCGGGUGACUUGCUCUACAUUGACAAGGAUUAUUACAUAUUCUUUUAUGACAGACUUGGCGAUACAUUUAAAUGGAAAGGCGAAAACGUGUCUACUACUGAAGUAGCUAACACUAUAUCUGAGCUAUCAUUUAUAACAGAUACAUGUGUUUAUGGUGUUACGGUGCCAGGUUGUGAGGGAAGAGCUGGGAUGGCAACAAUACAUUUGGUUGAUUCUGACAAUGUAAAACCGACUGACGAAAUGCUUUCUAAAAUAGAGGAACAAUGUAGAACGCAACUAGCAGGAUAUGCUAUUCCAAGAUUCUUAAGAUUUACUCGUUUUCUAGAUAUUACCUCAACUUUCAAACAAAUGAAGACUAUGCUUAAAAGGGAAGGUUUUGAUAUCAACUUGCGAUAG